AAAGAAACCGGUUUCAAUUUUUUCUGGAUUUGACACAGUAGUAUCACGUGUAUAACAAUAAGAUUAAUAAACAAUAAAUUGACCAAAACAAAGCUGUUAAAAGUAAUGAAUUUAAUAAUAUAAUUAUAAUUGUAUUAAAAUAAAAUUUACUUUAAACAAUAAUGACUAGUUUAGACAAAUCAAAAGAUGACAGAAGCACUUUGUGUUCAAUAUGUAAUGAGAAUCCAAUGCAGUAUACUUGUCCAAAAUGCAGUAUUAAUUACUGUUCCUUAAAUUGUUACAAGUCUGAAAAACAUGAAGCUUGUUCAGAAUUAUUUUAUAAAAAUUGGGUAGAGAUGGAAAUGAAGGUUCGAAACUAUGAUCCUGAGAAUAAAAAGAAAAUGUUGGAUAUUUUGGAACGAUUAAAACGUGAGACGGAAGAGCCAAGUAUUGUAGAAAAAAUCCUAAAUGAUGAAGAUGAUUGCGAAGAAUUGGAUUCUGAUGACGAGGAUGGAAUUUCUUUAGAAGAGCGUAUUGCGAAUAUUGACUUAAAUGAUGUUGAUCAACUGUGGUCCUCAUUAACAAAUUCUGAGAGGCAGGAAUUUGAAGCAAUUAUUCAAAGUAAUAAUUUCGAGAAAAUUUUACCAGAAUGGAUUCCCUGGUGGGAACAAUGUGUUGAAGUAAAAUUAGUACGAGAAAUUGACGAAGUCCCAGAGUAUGAAAAAUUAUGUCCAUCCUUAAUUUCAGUACCUGCCAUGAAUAGUCAAAUGAAAGUAUCUCCAAGUGUACAUUUUAAUUUGAUAAAUGUUUUGUGCUCCUACGCAUACGUUGUUUUACAUUUUUAUGGUGAUCAUUUAAAUUCAUCAAAAUUGGCAUCACAAGUCUUUCUCUAUGUAUGUGAAAAUAUAAAUGAGAAAAAGAAUUUUCAUAACAUUGACUCAGCUAUCAAUGCUGUAUUUCAGCGAAUUUUUACAGAAACAUCUGCAACGGAUAAUGAAGAAUUGGAUACGAUUUCGAGUAUCAAACAAGCAACUGAUCAAAUUAUUCAAGGUCCUAAAGAUAAUUGCAGUUAUUAUGUAUUGGCUGCUUUAUCUGAUUUGCAUGCACUGUUUUCAAAGGCAAGAAAAGAAACGAGUAAGUCUACAAAGUCACAAUUUAAUAAAAAAUUCGAUCAGUAUAAAGAUAUCGAUAGCGUAGAUAUUUCAAAAAAGACUCUUCAACUUCAUUUAAAAAAACUAGAAUUCUACUUCUCGUGGGUGAAAUUAUUUGGAAAAAAUUUAUCUGAUUUUAAAAUCAAUAUUGAUCAGCCUGAUGUAUAAUGAACAAUUUUUUAAUACACUGGAAUUCUACUUUUGUGUAUCCCAGUGAUGUGUAAUUUAUUCUUAAAUUAAGACGAAAAAGCGAUAUUUCGCCUAAACUGCAAAAAAAUUGAGUAAAAUAAAUUAUUAAAUGAAUGAAUAAAAAAAGUGAAAGUGAUGUGUGUCAAAAACUA